CGCACGGCUUGUGAACGGCCGGCCGGUGCAGCUGCACUCUCUCCUCUGUGCUGCUGCCGCCUCGGGGGGAAUUAAAUUAUUUCGAAACAAGCGCACAAGAGGAGGUGUACUGUUGGACGAGGCAGAGAGGGUCAGAGGAGAUGACGAGCGGGUUCUUGGAGCCGCUGUAAAGGGACAGGAAGGAGGCGAAGAUGGCACUGCAUGUUUUCAAAUGCCUGCGCCGGCCCGGGCGCUAGAAACGACCAACAGAGGUGAGAGUGUGUGAGUGUAGGGCCACCCAGUGUUUUGACAGGAGAGUUAUGGAAUAUGAGGAGACUGACGCGCCCCUAGCAGACAACCCCAUCAAAAGAGUUCAGUACCGUGGGCAUGGUGUUUCAUUGCAAAGCUCACCCUGCUACAGUGCAGGUUUCACUAGUGGAGGAAGUAUUUCGGAUUACAGAGGAGCCGUGUCCAAGAAGACUCAUUUGACCCAGAUUGAAGUUAUCCCCUGCAAGAUCUGUGGUGAUAAGUCCUCUGGAGUGCAUUAUGGAGUCAUCACUUGUGAGGGCUGCAAGGGAUUCUUCCGGCGUAGCCAGCUGCCUACUGUAUCCUACUCAUGCUCCAGGCAGAGCAACUGUCAGAUCGACCGGGCCAGCCGCAACCGCUGCCAGCACUGCCGUCUGCAGAAGUGCUUGGCGCAGGGCAUGAGCAGAGAUGCUGUGAAGUUUGGCCGGAUGUCCAAACGUCAGCGGGACUCUCUGAUCGCUGAGGUGGAGAGACACCGUCAGCAGCAGCAGCAACAGCAGCAGCUACAGGGAGACACCCAGUCUGUUUUGUCCUACCCCACCAAGGCCCGCCAAGAACGUUCCCCGCAGCUCCUUCAGCCCAUGGCCUACCCCUUCAGCGGUGACGCCGAUCUACUGCCCUACGCCGUUGAAAUGCACCCUUACCUGGUGUGCUCCCCAAGCGAGUCGCAGGUGUCGAGUAUGAUCUACCGAGGCUCAGGUGUCUCUCCCACAUCGAGAUCCCAGGGGAGGGGGGACAACGGUGGUCACCCCGACAUACGAGGGUUUGAAACAUCUCAUGAUGGGAUGGCAAUUCAUGCCUACAAUCCUCUGGAGGACCCUUACAGCCUCUAUCCUCACUCUCUGAGAAACAUGGAUGAGCUGUGUGCCAGCAUUGUGCGCUCCCACAGAGAGACCAGCCAGUACCGAGUGGAGGAGCUGCAGGCUCUCCGAUGGAAGCUGUUCAGCAGAGAGGAGAUCCAAACCUACCAGAACAAAUCAGUUGAUGAGAUGUGGCAGCACUGUGCCAUCCGGCUCACAGAUGCAGUGCAGUAUGUGGUGGAGUUCGCAAAACACAUCCCGGGCUUCCGGAUGCUCAGCCAGAAUGACCAGAUCGCUCUCCUGAAGACUGGCUCCAUGGAGGUGGUGCUGGUCAGGAUGAGUCGGUUCUUCAACACAGAGAACAACACUGUCUUCUUUGACGGGAAGUUUGCCGGAGCCGAAGUCUUCAAGUCUUUGGCAUGUGGUGAUUUAAUCACAGCCGUGUUUGAGUUUGCUCACAACAUGUGUGCUCUGAAGCUCACUGAGCACCAGAUCGCUCUCUUCAGUGCUCUUGUGCUGAUCAACACAGACCGUCCAUGUCUGGAGGAUAGAGGCAGGGUUCAGCGAGUGCAAAGAAGCGUGGAGUUAGGACUCACACACAUUCUACACCGAGACAACCAAGAAAGUCUAAUGCACAAGCUGUACCAGAAGAUGGCAGAGUUGCGUUCGCUGUGCGGUAUGCACAUGGAGAAGCUGCGCUGGUUCAGUCAGCGUUACCCGCUCACUGCUCACUCACUGUUCCCUCCGCUGUACAAGGAGCUGUUCGCCUCUGAGGCCGAGCUGCUGCCGGGGACCACUCACUGAUGAUGGACACACACACGCACAAUCAUUAAGAGAGCAUUUAUAUCUCAUUAUUUCUUCCUGACAGAAUCUAUUUUUCUAGUAAUGAAAAUAAGAAAAAUCACAGUAAUCAUAGCGUGUUUAGAGUCGUAUGAGACCCAGCAGAGCUUUUUUUUGGUAGAUUGUGUAAAAACUAAAUGAAUUUCAAAUAUUUUCAUAGCUUAAAACUAUUUUGAUUAUUCCAGGGAACAUGUGUUUUGUUGCUGUUUUCUUUUGACACACUGUCAGUGGGAUUCGUUGUCUUUCAGGAUGUGCUGUUGUGAUUCUCUCCAGUUGCAGUGGCAGUGUGUCACAGUGUGCUCAGACAUACAGAUUCAAAGAGGCGGUCAGGGACAGUCAGACAGUGUGGUCGUUGACAACGUACGUUCACAGUAUGAAACAUUGACCACCAGUCAAAUUAAAAGAUGGCUUUCAAAAGUUGUGAAUGCCAUUAGUUUCAAUCCACUUGAUUCCAUUGUUUGCACAAUAACUAAAAACAUAACAAGUUAAACAUAACUCCAACAAGUUAAGGCACAAGGAAAGAAACAUAGAAGAACAGCAAGUGUGCAGGCAGAGACAAAAAGAAAUUCACAGGAAGCUUAUCAUGCUUCUCCCUGUAGAAGUAAACAUCACAUUACAGGAACAAAAUAAGAACGUUACAUAAUCAAAAUAAUUAUAUUAUGUACACACGUAAUAUUAUCAAUGUUCCCAGUGUCUAUUCAUGUGCUCAGUAUGUCCCGAAAGUUUAUAUUUUCAACAAGGACGCAAUCCUGGGACUGUUGAUAAUGUGUUAAACCGCAGUAGGUCUUCAUCAGGGCUUUUAAUCUCGUGACCCAGAUGACAUAUGAGACAAAUUGAAAAUAAUGACUACAGUGAACUCGUCAUCACGCUCUGUUGAAGCCUGAUAAUGACCCAUUCUUAUGACUUCUGUGUGCCAGAGCAGGGGAACAUCGAAAAACAUGCAGGACAGGAUUGAAAAAUCACUGUCUUACUAAAUAUGUACAUGUAAAUAUUUUUUGCGUAAACCAUCUCAUUUUAUUCUUUUAGGUUUGUUUCACCUGUCAUGUUAAUAUCUGGGUCAUGAGACCUCCUGUGGUUUAAUGAAUUAUCAACCACACUACACUUUGUCCAUAAUCUGUCCACCCGCUGCUACAUUUCGUGCAUGAAUAGUGCGUUCAUGUGAUGUAAGAAUAAUCAGUCAGAGCAACAACUGGGAAAGUCAGAGAAACUUUGUCUUGCAGAGUUGACUUCCUGUGAAGCUGAAGCGUGGCAGAGGAAAGUAAACAUUAGGCUGAUGGAUGGUACAUGCAUAUUUGUGAAAUAUAUUUCUUGACCCACACGAUCUGUUUUCUUUGCUCUUCCUUGUCACUCAAAUGCUGGGAACAGCCAGGAACGUGUUGUUUAAUUGCUCAGAGCGAUUAAAAAGCAAAACGUGGAUUUCAAGUGUGACGCAUGCCAGUAAACUAUCUAACAGAGAGCCGACCUCAGAAACCAACUGACUAAUUAGAGCUGAAUAUGAUCUGUGUACAUAUUUAGUGCUCAACACGCCCAAAGAGCAAGAGACAUCCUGCUUAUCUGUGUCCGUGUGUUUGUAGAGAGAUGUUUCUCCUCAGGUUGAUGUUGUCGCGGACAAAGCGGCGGCACCUCUAAACUUUUAUCCUUCGUGUUUGAAUAAAUCCUCACAGGCUUUUUCUAUCUUUUGAGCUCUGAAAAGAUGUUGCAUUAAACGUAGAGAGAACAUGUGGAGAUACAGUAGAGGUCUCUCCCUCUGUGUGCAAACUUUUCCUUUUGUUUUUUCCGAAUUGACCUGUAUGUGUUUUUGUUUUGUCUACAUAUAUUUGAAUAAAGCCAUGAGCAAAGAGGAAAUGAUGAGAGGUUUCAGCAUUAAGUACUGCGUGUCCGGAUAUAGUCCUCCCUGUUCCUGGAACGGCUGAUGUUUUAAAGAAGAUAAUUCCAUGUAAAUCUUUUAAUAAACUGCUGAAGCUGUGAGA